CCCCAGCUAGGACAGUUGAGGGAUUGGGGCACUGGCAGUUGGAAGCAUGACAGAGGUCAAGCCCAGGGAACUCAAAGACAAGUACAUGUACAUGAAAUAAUAAAACAAGAGUUCAUCACCAGGAAGACUUAUAGUCAUCUAGAAGAAAAAAUAAGAUUCAUCAUGUCUUUAAAUGUCCAUAAUCGGAGGACCAGCAAAAAGCAUUUUCAGGUCGAUCCUCUUCUGAUGCCCAAAGUUCCUCGAACCAAUUACUUGCACCUUCAGGAAGAGAAACACAGACUACAGCUAAAGAAAUUCCUCCUUCACAGGAUGUUUCUUGUGGGCUACGUACAAGCCAACUUAGAGAAAAAAGAGAUUACUGAAUAUUAUGAGAAAUUGUUCCAGUCAAUUCUGAAGAAUCACUUAGGAGAAGCAGUUACAGGAUUAUUGCUCGUAUACUCAAGAACUUUUAUGCACAUCCUUGAGACCUCCAACGGCACACUUUUCCGAAUUCUUCUAGAUUAUGUUGCCCAUGAGAAGGAAGACAAAGAAUAUAUGAUACAAAAUGUGAAAAUUAUAGUUGCUUCUCAUAACAUCCCCACGAGGCUGUUCAUGCAGUGGCAUGUUUCUGUCAUCAAAGUCCCCGUUUUGUAUCUAGAGGAUGUGACACAAUCACAGUCUCUAGCAGAGGUCACCACAGAUUUUCUUUCCAUGACUCACAAACUGGCACUCCACCUUUUCAAGACCGUGAAAGUGGGCACGAAAGGACCAGGUGACAACUUGCACCAAGUUGCCCCUGACCUCCUCCUCCCAGAACAAACUAUUGAGUACUUAUGCAAAGCUGAAGAAUUCAUGGAUCCAGCAACAUUCUUAAACAUGUAUAACAGACCCAUACACAUUACCCUGGAUUCUGAGAUUGUGUGGCCAGCUCCUUCCCGUUUUUAGGAUGAGGAGAGAUAGUGUGUGUAUAUCUCAUUAAGAUUUUUGUACAACUUUAAAAACAAAUAUUUAAAGUUACUCUUUCAAAAGAAAAGGAGCAUAACAUUUAAAUAAGCACACAGAAUGUUAAAACAUCUAAAGCUAAACAUCAGAAUAUAUUUGCUUACUCUGAUCCAAAGUUGAAUAAUUUUUUUCAGGUAAUUGGGUUUAAUAAAUUUGAGUUUCAUCAUUUUCAUGGGAUAACUUUUUUUUUCUUUUAAGAAAAGUAUAAUUGAAAGGGAUUUAACACCAUUUAGGCAUUUAGGUUCUCAUGCAUUCUCUCAACAAUUAGCAAAAGGUCUUUAUCAUGUGGUAGAAGAAAGAUGUUCUUCUUAAGAAACUUGUAACUUAAAGUGACAAGCAACCAUAAUAUAUAUAAGUAAUAUAUAAUAAGAUAUGCUAUAAUGCAAAUAGAAUAGUAGGAAGAGGUAGAACGAACUUGGAGAACAUAAGUGAAUAAAUCAUUAAUGCACAAUCUACGCAUCAGAGAAAAUAAAACAUAACCUCUGAAAAUAAUCCUAAAGUACCCAUAUCCUGGCCUAUAUAAUCAGUAAUACUGAAGCUAUUAUAUAUCUGAAAGACACAAGAAUUUUUGAAACAACUAGAAAACACUAUCAAAUUUCAAUAUAAUCUUAUGCAACAUUGAUUAAUUGAGCACUCCUCUGUAUGACAGACAUUUUUCAGUUUCCAGAGAUGCAGCAAUGUUCACACAAGGCUCUUGCCCACUUAAAAAACUUAUUGAUUACAUAUAAGCAAUAUUAUAGGAUGUGAAUAAUCCUCGUUGUUGUGUCAGAUGGCAUCUUAUUGACAGGAUGAAUAUAUUUGAAAAAAAAAAGUAUUUUCUAAAGUUAGAUAGUGACCGUAAGUGCAGUGUAUGGUUAAAAAUUAAACAUCAAAUUAAUUUUAAACAUUUAAAUUAAACAUAAAAUUGUAACACAUAAUAUUACACAAAAAUGUCUAAUACUUACAUCCAAUCUAACAUGCUCCUCUUACAGUGUGACCUUCAGAUUCCUCCUAUUUUAUAUGACAGGCAUUAUGUUUAAAAUCAGACAGCCUUUGUGUCUUCUUUAACCAAUAGAGUACGACAGGAACAAUGCUGUGCAACCUCCAAGGCUAAGUCAAGAUUCCAAGAGUCUUGCUUUGCUCACUUGAACCUGAGCUCUCAGAAUCCAGGCACUAUGCUAUGAAUACUUAAAGCAGCUUCCAGAUGACAUCUUCAGCAAGGGCCCAGAUGACAGCCACAAUCAAGUACCAGAUGCUGAGUAAGACUUGAUGGUUCCUGAUUAUCUGUUUCCAUAACUGCAAGAAAGACCGGUUGACACUGUAUGGAAUAGAGAUGGACUCUUCCUAGGAAUCCUGCCCAAAUUACAGACGUGAGAUGAUUGUGCAGUUGUCUGGAACUGUAACAUAUAUGUAUGUAAAUGAUUUUCAUCAGUUACCAGUCAUUCAUUUAUGUACAUUACUAAAUGUCUACAAGUAAGCACUUACUAGGCACCCAAUCAUUAUUGUUGGAUGGAUACCUCAACAGUGAUAAAAUGUGUCUCCACCAUA